UUGACAGUCGGAGUAAUUCCGGAGCACUCUCGUAAUAAAUAUCACUUUUAAUGUGUUAAGGAUAAUUAAAUGAGCUCGGUGAAGAAUCUCGGUUUGUUAAACUAAACCGUUUCCUGCUCGUCCCGCUCGAACCGUCCCGCUGGUCGCCCGGUUCGCUCGGCCUGUCAUCAUGUGGGUUUUCGGUUACGGAUCCCUGAUAUGGAAAGUAGACUUUCCUUAUGAGGAGAAGAGAGUUGGUUACAUAAAAGGCUUCAGCAGGCGGUUCUGGCAAGGCAGCACCGACCACCGGGGGGUCCCUGGCAAGCCUGGCCGGGUCGUCACGCUGGUGGAGGAUCCUGAGGGGUGUGUUUGGGGCGUCGCCUACAAGCUGCCUACCGGCCGAGAGCAGGAAGUCAAGAGCUACCUGGACUACAGAGAAAAGGGCGGCUACCAGGUCAUCACGGUGACCUUUCACCCCCGUCCGUUGGUCGGCCCCUCGCCCAGCCAGACGCUGCUCUACAUCGGCUCCCACGACAACCCCGACUACCUGGGGCCCGCCCCCCUGGAGGAGAUAGCCAACCAGAUCGUCAGCUCCACCGGCCCGAGCGGCAAAAACACCGAGUAUCUGUUUGAGCUGGCGGACGCUGUGAGGACUAUCCUGCCCGAGGACUCGGACUCACACCUGUUCUCUCUGGAAACGCUGGUCAGAGAGCGUCUUCAGAACGGACUGAAACUCUCAUACCAGGCUGAGUCUGAUUAACGAGUGGAAUUUGAUAGAUUAUUUAUAUAUUACGCUGAUUUCUUUCUCAGGGUUUGAAGAAAACUGACGGUAUGUUGACUUUGUGUCACCGGAAAAAGGACAUUACGGAUCAAAUAAAUGUGUUUUAAAAGUCCAUUCAUAACAAGAACAAACAAAUAUGUGUAAAACACAAAGCGGGUUUCAAUAAAGCAACAUGGAGAACGUUUUGAAUGAAUGUUUUUUAAAGUAUCACAGAGAUAAAAUGCAGCUGACCUGCAUCACAAAAGUGAAUUAAACAGGAUUCUGCUCUGUUUUACUGACUUGUAAUUUAGUUUUUGACCAAAUACCUGUAGAAAUAAUGACUUCACCUCCACUGCUGUAAUUUGUGCUCGGUACUAAUUAGCAGUUGUUAGGCAUAGUUAAGCAUUAAAGAUGACGAACGUUGUAAAUAUUUCACCCAAUAAACAUCGGCACGUCAACGUCACCAUUGUGAGCAUGUCAGCAUGUUAAUGUUAGUGUUCAGCUCAGAGCGCCGCUGUGACAAAUUGCAGCCUUUCAGAACGGCGAGCGUGGCGGGAGCUUUUUCUUCCCUCUCUGUCGUUCUCCGCUUGGCCUUGUUUUUUCCAUGCAAUCAACCACAAAAAAAAAAAAAACAUUACCAUAAACAUAAUGAUGGUUCCAUUAUACUGCCUUUUUGUGGGACUAAUUUAGAUUAGAAUGAU